GCACAGUGCGGAAGUGUUUCCCAUUGCCUCUCAAAUGUGUCGUCCCGUACGUUGUCACGAACGUAUUUAGCAUAUAAAAUAUGAACGUGAUCGCGAAAUCGACAAGUCUCUCGCCGUUCCUGCGGGCGACGGCGACUGUCGUCUCAAAUGGAGGAAUGCCUGUGGCCGCGACCGGUAAAGUUAGCAAACCAAAGAUUAACGUUCCCCAACCUUUCAGGCGGAGGCUCCCGCAGACUGUCUAUCAGGAUCUUCUUACCGGACCUACAUGCAUAAGCUCGGGAGUCGCAGUCAACACACAGGUACAUCAGCGACGUUUGGCACACACCGACAUUCAGUGGCCAGAUUACUCCUAUUAUCGCAAAGAUGAAGUAAAAGAUCCUAAUGCAAAAUCAAAGGACAGUGCACCAACCCGAAAGGGUAUCUCUUAUCUUAUCGCAGCUGGUGGUUCUGUGGCAGGUGUUUAUAGCGCAAAAGUACUAGUGCACAACAUGGUUGGCGCAAUGAGUCCAACGGCUGAUGUACUUGCCAUGGCAAAAAUUGAGAUAAAUCUCGGCAAUAUUCCUGAAGGCAAGAGUGCUAUCUUCAAAUGGCGUGGAAAGCCCUUGUUUGUACGACACAGACCUCAAUCAGAAAUCGACAAGGAAGGUAAAGUGAACGUUGCGAAUCUCCGUGAUCCGGAAGAAGACAACGUUCGCGUGAAGGAUCCCCAAUGGCUGAUCGUUAUAGGUGUUUGCACGCAUUUGGGAUGCGUACCCAUCGCUAAUGCGGGAGAUUUCGGUGGUUACUAUUGCCCGUGCCACGGAUCUCACUACGACGCCAGUGGUAGGAUUCGAAAAGGACCAGCUCCGCUAAACCUUGAAGUACCACCCUAUGAGUUUGUCGAUGAUGGCAAAAUGCUCAUUGUUGGUUAAUGACUAUUUGCGUUAUCUGUAGUCAAAUAAUAAAAUAAUUUAUAAUAUAAAAUACUCCGUGGGUAUGCGUAUUGUUAUCGCGAAAGAAUCAGAGAAAUAUGUUUUUGUAAAUUUCUUGAAAUUUAACGAAGGACUUUCUUUUAAGCAUUACAGAAUUAUUCGAACAUUUCGAACAUAACAGUGUGACCGCUGUAUCGUAUUCAGAAUAAAUAUUAAGUAAACAAA